GAAUUGUACAGAAUAAAUGUGUUAAUAAUUUUAUAAGGUAUGUGCCUGGCAUCAAUUUAUUUGAAAAAAUCAGAUUAAAUUCGGAAGACAUUACUCCUCGAGCAUUUCACUCGGGCAAUGUUAUUUCGGAAGAUAACAAAAAGAGCAUUAUUGUAUUUGGAGGAAUGAAUGAAAAAGAUGAAAUACUUGAUGAAACGUUUAAAUUUGAUUUCCAAGCAAAGAAAUGGGAACGAGUGGAGAGCACUACAAAACCAAGCGCUAGAUAUAAACACGCUUCCUUCAAUUUUAACGAUGCCAUAUUCAUUCAUGGUGGGCUAAAUCCACACAAUGCUGUAUUGUCCGACUUCUGGCACUCCGCGCAACUCUUCGACAACGAGUGGAUGAUUAUAUACGGAGGAAUCACAAACGGGUGGAUCGAAAACUACGCUCUGUCCGACAUGUACGCACUGAACAUUUACACCUUCUCCUGGUUCGAAGUUGACAUCAGUACCUCAAAAAGCUUCAACAGGGGAUACUAUGGAUCGUUAUGUUUAGUUCCUUAUAAGAAGUCACUCCACAUUUUUGGAGGGACGGACGAGUCGAGCGAAUUCUCUGAUGCUUUCAGCAUGUCCCCCUUAGUUACGUACGUGUCAUACAAAACCUUGACGGGGAAAUUCGAGCAGCUAAACACAAAAAUGAAAAACAUCGACGAAAAUUUAAAUGACAAUGAUCAUGUGAAUUUAGCCGAAUUCGAGUUAAAAAUAGCUGAGUUGAAAGAGGACGUGAACAACAUAAAUAAUAUGAUGAAGACCUUCGAGAUGAAGUUUUCCGCACUCGAAAAGCUGAACGAGCAGUGCGAAAAGCUACUCUCCAAAAACAUGAACGCGGAAGCUUUGGAAAAAUUAGAACAGCGCAUUCGAAAGCUGGAAUCGUCCAACGUGUUGAUGAAGCAUGACAGCAUAU